CAGCGCCGCUCAUGGCGGACCUGAAGGUAUCUCGCUAACUUUGUUCGAACUGGGGGCCCCUGGGAGAAUUUCCUGUUAGUAGAACGCUGGAGGAGCUGAGGACCCUGCCAAGGAGUUGUCGGGGCCGCCACGAUGAAAGGGUCUGACGGGCGGCCCCCCGUCGAGCCGUGAUUGAGCGCAGAUGAACAGCCGGUGCGACGGGGCACUGAGAAGGGGACAGGCGUGUGACCGUGGCGCUGGGCGCAGCUGCAAUAACACCGGCUGCCAUGUGUUUCUGAUCCAGGCCCCAGCUGGCUUGAACCUCUGCCCCUGCCUGCACCCCCCCCCCCGCAUAGUGAGAGCUGCAGACAGUUUACCCACAAAAGGCCCACAACCUCUCUGUGGUACGAAGCUGAUGCAGACGCCCUUUAGUGCUCCGCAGUCACGCUGAAACCGAGAGCCCUUUUUGCACUGCAUUUCUUACACCCCUCACUCAGUGGUGUCACCUGGUGCACAUCCAGCACGUUCUAUCCCAUUCAACACAUCCCACCUACCUUACCCAACCUAAUUUUCGAAGGGAAUUGCGAAUAAACUUAAACCUACUUGCCUCCUGGGGCAGCAAGUAGCGUAGUGACUGAAGCUGUCCCUCGCAAUCAAAGGACUUGGGUUCAAAUCCCACCUCCCUGCUGUGGUACCCUUGAUCAAGAUCACCGAAGCCAGCUGUUGUUGCCGAUGGAGCACCUCCAGGGUGCCUGGAGGACCCUGAGCAACGGGUUCGGGUUUAAGGACUCCGUGUUUGACGACUGCAUGUCGCCGACCUCGGCCCAGGGCUUUGCCUACCAGCGGCGUCCAUCCGACGAGGGAAAAGCUCCAGACUCGGCGAAGACGAACAGCACCAUCAGAGUGUACCUCCCCAACAAGCAGCGCACUGUGGUGAACGUGCGCCCAGGUAUGACCCUGCACAACUGCCUUAUCAAAGCCCUGAAGGUACGGGGGUUGCAGCCAGAAUGCUGUGCCGUCUUCAAGUUGCACCCGGGACAGAGGAGCAGGAAAACCCGCAUGGACUGGAACGUGGACUCUACCUCUCUCAUCGGCGAGGACUUGCUCGUGGAAGUGCUGGACCACGUGCCUCUGACCACACACAACUUUGUGCGGAAGACGUUUCUGAAGCUGGCCUACUGCGACAUCUGCCAGAAGUUUCUGCUGAACGGGUUCCGGUGCCAGACGUGUGGGUAUAAGUUCCAUGAGCACUGCAGCACCAAGGUCCCGACGAUGUGUCUUGACUGGAGCACCAUUAUAUGUUUCUUGUUCCCGACACCCGGCGAGAGCAGCGGCAGCUACACUCUCCCUCCGCUCACGUCCCGGCGCAUGCGUGACUCGCUCUCUCGCUUCCCCAUGAGCUCCCUGCACAGACACUCAACCCCUCACGCCUUCAACUCCAUCACACCCUACCCGACCUCUGGGGGUGCUCUGUCCCAGAGGCAGAGGUCCACGUCCACUCCCAACGUGCACAUGGUCAGCACCACCAUGCCCGUCGACGGCAGUGUCAUAGAGGAAGCCUUGAGGUGUAAUGAAUCAGGGAGUCCCCAGAACCAGAGUCCAACAGGUUGGACCCAGUCCAAGACCCCAGCCCCCACGGCCAGAGAGAAGGCCCCCUGCUCCAGUGCACAGGAGAACAGAAUCAGGCCACGGGACAAGAGGGACUCCAGUUACUAUUGGGAGAUCGAAGCCACCGAGGUCGUCCUGCUCUCUCGCAUCGGCUCCGGAUCCUUCGGCACCGUGUACAAAGGGAAGUGGCAUGGUGAUGUAGCGGUGAAGAUUCUGAAGGUCAUAGAUCCAACUCCAGAGCAGUUCCAGGCCUUCAGGAAUGAAGUUGCGGUUCUGAGGAAAACCCGACACGUGAACAUCCUGCUCUUCAUGGGGUACAUGACGAAGGAGAACCUGGCCAUCGUGACACAGUGGUGCGAUGGCAGCAGCCUCUACAAACAUCUGCACGUGCAGGAGACCAAACUGCAGAUGUUCCAGCUGAUCGACAUUGCCAGACAGACAGCUCAGGGGAUGGAUUACUUGCAUGCAAAGAACAUCAUCCAUCGGGACAUGAAGUCUAACAAUAUUUUCCUGCACGAAGGUCUGACGGUGAAGAUCGGGGACUUUGGUCUGGCCACCGUGAAGGCCAGGUGGAGCGGCUCCCACCAAGUAGAGCAGCCCUCGGGCUCCAUACUGUGGAUGGCCCCUGAGGUCAUUCGGAUGCAGGACAACAACCCGUACAGUUUCCAGUCAGAUGUGUACGCCUAUGGUAUCGUGCUGUAUGAGCUCAUGACCGGCGAGCUGCCGUAUUCGAUGAUCGCCAGCCGAGACCAGAUCAUCUUCAUGGUGGGUCGUGGCUACCUGUCGCCAGACCUCAGCAAGCUCUACAAGAACUGCCCGAAGGCCAUGAAGAGGCUUGUCGCCGACUGCAUAAAGAAGUCCAAGGAGGAGCGGCCGCUCUUCCCUCAGAUCCUGUCCUCUAUAGAGCUCCUGCAGCACUCGCUGCCCAAGAUCAACCGCAGCGCCUCGGAACCGUCCCUGCACCGCGCCUCGCACUCCGACGACGUCAGCGCUUGCACUUUGACCUCCACGAAGCUGCCCGUCUUCUAGUCCGAGCCCGUGUGCCCAGGCGGGGAUGGAACGGGUCUACAGCACAGUUCUGGACACAUGAGCAGGCCCCGGGGC